AUGGACACUCAAAAGUGUCUUUUUGUUUUAGGGAAUAUGGCUUCAGUGGUUGCUAGUAGUGGGUCCUCAGCUUCCUAUGAAGACGACACAAGGAAACCUCUUUGGAGGUAUGUUUCAAGAUCUGAAACGCUACGUGAUGGAGGAGGAAAUAAUUUGUGGCAAUGCAAUUUUUGCAAUCAAACAAGGAAAAACCCAUUCACUGAAUCAAAGAGAGUUUUAUUGGGAAUAAAACAAGGAAAAGCUCAUACACUGAACCAAAGGUAG